AGAGUUGUAUUUAUAUUGACAGCCGGAUGUUGCAAUAGCGGCCAUAUUGAAAAUCACCUUUCCUUUUCUCUUUCUUUCGAAACGUGGAAAACGUCAACAUUGGUUGGUUUUUCUCGUAUUGUAAAUUAAUUUUUACAAAAAAAUUCUCUACAAAUUAAGACAAUAUGCCCCGUGAAAUCAAAGAAGUUAAAGAUUUCUUGAACAAGGCCCGUCGUGCCGAUGCUCGUGCCGUCAAGAUAAAGAAGAACCCCAGCAACACCAAAUUCAAGAUUCGUUGCUCCCGUUUCUUGUACACCUUGGUCGUCCAAGACAAAGAGAAGGCCGAGAAAAUCAAGCAAUCCCUUCCCCCAGGCUUGCAAGUUAAGGAAGUCAAGUAAACUGUCUUCCCCAACAACAACAACAACAAAACAGUUUCCCAACCUUUUUAGUUGCUAAAUUUAGUUUUUUAACAUAAUGUCUGUCCGGCUGAGGAGAUUGGUUGCUGAUAAUGCUGUAGAGGAUGUGGAGUUGUGUACAAGAUAGUGUUGUGUGUUGUAAAUGAAGCUAAUUUUGUGUACAUAUAAAUAAGUUGUGUUUUUUUUGUUUAUUUUUAAAAAAUGCAACCAACGUUUGUAUGUUGCAAGAUUUGUGAUAAUUUAUUUUACAACAUGCCAUCUUCAUCAUGUAUUGUCAAUGUUGUUAUUUUAUACUAAAACAACAACAAAGAAAAAAAAACACCAUUAAAAAGAAAUACAACAAUGUUGUAAAUGAAAAAAACAAAA